AGUUAAAGACAGCUAGAAUACCUUGAGAACACUAUGAGUCAGAAACGUGUGGCUGUGAUUGGAGCGGGGGCAAGUGGACUUCCUGCCAUUAAAUGCUGCCUCGACGAGGGGCUGACCCCGGUAUGUUUUGAAAGAACAGAACAUAUUGGGGGCCUGUGGCGUUACACAGAUGAGCCGGUGGAUGGCCAGGGCUGUGUCAUGAAAUCAACUGUCAUCAACACCAGUAAAGAAACAAUGGCCUACAGUGACUUUCCAAUCCCAGCCAAGUAUCCCAUCUUUAUGCAUAACACACAGGCAAGUUCACCUCAGUCUAUAUGCUGUGACACUCUCGUGUGUUCCCAUAGGGUUAAAUUGUAAUUCAAGAUUUGGAUAUAUUAGGAAUGGAAGUUGAUGUAAAAAUAUUAUUAGGUACCUUAUUUAUAAUCCAUCAAAUCUUAUACAAAAUUUAUUCUUUGUUUUUUACGCUGCUCCUAAUUAAUAUUUCGUUUAAUAGAAAAUAUUUUAAAAGUUGCUGCCAUCUAAUGAUAAAAAUUUUUGUGCUCCACACACACAUUCAAAAUGAAAAUAUGUCUCUGUAAUUUUAAAAUCUAACAUGAACCAUAAACUGUAAUAUCUACUAUCAGUAAUGCUUCUAAUAUCGGUGAUGUCUGAAAUAUCAGUAAUGUCUUUAGUAUAAUAUCAGUAACAAGUAAUUUUACCCAGCCAAAUUAUGCUAAUAUGUUUCAGGUGUAUGAGUAUUUCAAACUGUACGCUCAGAAAUUUGACCUGGAGAAGUACAUUCAGUUCAACACGGAAGUUCUCUAUGUGAAAAGAGCUGAUAAUUUCUCCGAGCUGGGACAGUGGGAGAUAAAGUAUCGCAACAAGAGCACAGGGGAGGAGAAGACAGAAAUAUUUGAUGGGGUUCUUGUCUGUACGGGACACCAUGCAGAAAAAAAUGCACCCACAUUCCCAGGACUGAGCCAGUUUCAAGGAAAGGUAAGUGCUGUCUGGUCAUAAGCUUAUGUCAUAUCAAAUCAUCACAAUGUAGGAAGAAAAUGUUUUCAUAAAAAUGUGGCAGUGAGUUUAGCAGAUGAAAUUAGUUAACAUUUUUAUCCAAUAUUUUCCCAGGUUAUUGAAACAUUAUUUACAGUGAAUUUAUAGUCAAUCUAUAGAAUAUUUAUCUGAAUACACACACUUAAUGUUUCGAGUUUUUUACCUCAAAACUUUGUUGUUCCUUAUUUUGCUGCUAAAGAUGGCUUUUGGUCUAAACGUUCUCUUUUUAUGGUACUGUUGAAUCAUUUUAGCAUACCUAGUUCCACUAUUUCCUUCACAUAGCUUGAAUGCAAUCUGUCAUUUAUCAUUGAAUAUGUUUGAUAGAGUUAAAAAAAUAAUGUAAUUUCUUUAAUUAAAAUUACGACUGGCAUCAUGUUUUUAAAAAUGUGUAUAUGAAAAAAAAUCUAUUUGACUAUAUUCUAUGUUAAUUUCCCAUCAGUAGAUGAUGUGAUUCAGAAAUGCAAUAGCUGGUAUACUUUUCUUUAUUCAAAAUUAAUAUACUCUUAAAAACUUAAAUAUUUCAUCUAAUCUUAAUUGGAUUUUUGUCUCCAAUUUUUAUUUUUACGUAUUUUUAUUUAAAAAUGUAAUACAAGAAUCAUACAUAAAUUGUAAUUUUAUCAUUUAUACUUAAAACUAGGUGGUCCACACACAUGACUAUCGUAAGCCUGAUGGACUUCAAGACAAAAGAGUUCUAAUAAUUGGUAUAGGCAACUCUGGAGGAGAUGCAGCAGUUGAGCUCAGCAGGAUUGCCUCCCAGGUCAAUAUUACUCUGUGAAUGGCACUUACAUAGAUACUCAUAUGUGUAUGUAUGAAUCAUAUGUCUAAUCUACUGUGUGCAUGGCGGUUACAUAUAAUCUCAUAUGUGUAUGUGUAAAAGACAUAGGUAAAAUUGCAUUUUGAAUGGAUAACAUAUAUUUGGUAAAAUUGUGAAUUUUGGUUUAUAAUGUGAACAAAUCUUUUCACUAAUUUGUUUUAAAAAUAAAUUUUAAUUUAAAUAAAUAUUGAUUUAUAAAUUCGAUCAGGUUUAUUACUCAUAUUAAUAUUGGACACGUGGUUAGGUCAAACUUUUUUUUAAAAAAAAAUAAAAUUGAGGAUUAAUUUUUUAACUUUAUUUAAUUUGAGCUCUAUUCUACCAGCUGCUGAUUUCCUUAUCUAACCCUAUAGCUACCAGAUUUAUUAUUUAUUUAUGCUGUAUUGCCUGAAAGGGCAAGGAUGUUUGAAAUUUAGUUUUCCUUUGUACAAAUUUGUUUUUCCCUUUCAUAUUAAUUUAACUCUACAGCAGUCUAGAAAGGGACUAGCUGAAAUUUCCUGUUAAACAUAAGUUCAUAAGAAGACAAAAAAGCCAAUUGCUGCAAAAAGAAAAAAAAACAAACAGCUCACUGACAGAGCUUGAGAGCUGAGGAAUCUAGGUCACUGUGACAAGGCUCACCAAAGCAGAUCAAAUUUUUGGAAAGCUGACAUCCAUAUUGAGAUGGAUGUGACCUGAGCAUGCACAACAAAAUCAGAAUUUUGUUAAAGUGAUAACCUUGUUUUUCUCAUCUUUGGAUUCAGAAUUUGUUUGUUUUUUGUUUGAUCAUUUUGGCUCCUGGUUUGAAUUCCGAGUUUGCCUUCUCUUAGAUGAGUUGCUGUUUAAGGCUAGCGGGUCCAAACCACCUGGGGUGCUUGGGAUGUUUGCUUUGGUGGGGAUUGAACUCCAGCUAUUUGGAUUGAGACAGUUUAGGCCGAUCGGCCACCCAACUCCCAGUUCUGGCAGAUCAGAGUGCUGGCAGAUCGUUAGCACAUCAGAACAGGAGCUAGAAGUUUGUCAGACAGAGUUCCUACAUGUUUUCAUACACAGAUUUGAAAUGCCAAAGAUAACCUACAAUGAAGCAUUCAGGCGCCAGUCAAGUGUGACAACCAUUGCAGAAACAGUGCAGGCAGGUCGCAGGAGAUUGCCAGGUCAUGUCUAUAGAAUUUCAGCAAGCUCACUUCUCAAGACAGCACCAACAUGGACAGCACCAACAUGGACAGCACCAACGUGGACAGCACCAACGUGGACAGCACCUACGUGGACAUCACCAACGUGGACAGCUCCAAUGUAGACACCUUCUACAUGGACAGCACCAACAUGGACAGAACCCACAUGGACAUAACCAACAUGGACAGAACCGACAUGGACAGCCAAAGGAAAGCAAGACAGCAAAAGACCUAAAGUGACCUGGGGCAGAAUAAUAAAUUAGAAGGGAAUCUGUCUAAAAGAAGCAUGACCUUGUAGACAACUCUAAAAGAAGCAUGACCUUGUAGACAACUCUAAAAGAAGCAUGACCUGUGGACAGCUCUAAAAGAAGCAUGACCUUGUGGACAACUCUAAAAGAAGCAUGACCUUGUAGACAACUCGAAAAGAAGCAGUUGAUAGGCAGAAGUGGCCUUCUUUGUGCGGUUGCUAAGCAGAAAUGGCCCUUUUGCGGUUGAUUGGCAGAAGUGACCUUCUUUGUGCAGUUGAUUGGCAGAAGUGGCCUUUUUUGUGCGGGUGAUAGGUAGAUGUUCCCUACUUUGUGCAGUUGAUAGGCAGAUUGGCAUUCUUUGUGCGUUUGAAAGGCAGAAGUGACCUUCUUUAUGCAGUUGAUAUAGGGGCAGAAAAUGUUGAGUUUAAUUUCAAAUUCAUAAAUAUUUUAAACAAACUUUGCUGAAAACUAUAUUCAGAAUUUUCAACCCAAUCUCUUUUAUUUGUCCAGGUUUUUCUCAGCACCAGACGUGGCACCUGGAUAUUGCACCGAGUGGCUGCCGAGGGUUACCCCUUAGACAUGAUAUUUGCUAAGCGUAUAUAUGUGUUGUUACAGCAGUACUUUCCGAAUCUAAUCAGCAAAUUCAUGAAGAAAGACAUUAAUAAAAGAAUCAACCAUGACCUAUACAGGUAGGUUGUGUGAAUAAAUUCAGGCAGUGCUGCCCCAAGUACAAUGUUUUAAGUGAUUAAGUUAUUAGUCAACAGUUUGUGUACCACAUGCUUGGUGUAUUUCCAGGUUAAGUACCACAUGUGGUAUAUUGCCAGGUUAGGUACCCCAUGUGAUGUAUUGCCAGGUUAGGUACCCCAUGUGGUGUAUUGCCAGGUUAGGUACCACAUGUGGUGUAUUGUAAGGUUAGGUACCACAUGUGGUGUAUUGCCAGAUUAGGUACCACAUGUGGUGUAUUGCCAAGUUAGGUACCACAUGUGGUGUAUUGCCAGGUUAGGUACCACAUUCUUGGUGUAUUGCCAGGUUAGGUACCACAUGGAGUGUAUUGCCAGGUUAGGUACCACAUGGGGUGUAUUGCCAGGUUAGGUACCCCAGGUGGUGUAUUGCCAGGUUAGGUACCCCAUGUGGUGUAUUGUCAGGUUAGGUACCCCAUGUGGUGUCACACCAGGUCAGGUAGCACCCUUGAGUAAGUUAUUUACGUUCGUGCCAAGAGAGGGAAAGGGCUGUGCCAGCUGUCAGUGAGAAGAAAAGCAUUAAAAAUCAGCAGAGAGUUAUCGAGGCAUGUGGUUCUGGUAGCACCAUAGCACUCUGUUAGAGAGUUAUCGAGACAUGUGGUUCUGGUAGCACCAUAGCACUCUGUUAGAGAGUUAUCGAGACAUUUGGUUCUGGUAGCACCAUAGCACUCUGUUAGAGAGUUAUCGAGACAUGUGGUUCUGGUAGCACCAUAGCACUCUGUUAGAGAGUUAUCGAGACAUGUGGUUCUGGUAGCACCAUAGCACUCUGUUAGAGAGUUAUCGAGACAUGUGGUUCUGGUAGCACCAUAGCACUCUGUUAUUAGCAUCUGUAAUGUUUGAGGAAUAAUGUCUUUUAAUAGCUCUGUUCUCAUAUUCCUUCAGCCUGACCCCUGACUAUGAUGUCUUUCAACAACACCCAAUGGUCAACGAUGACAUGCCCAACAGAAUCAUCUGCGGCGCCAUCAAGAUCAAAACUGACAUCAAACGUUUCACUGAGACGGGGGUCGAGUUCAUCGAUGGCACCAAGGAAGAUAACAUUGACGUGGUUCUUCUGGCCACAGGCUACACAUUCGGUUUCCCAUUCAUUGAUAAAGAGGUAACACUGAAUUUUAGUGAGUCGCUAUAUAGUGCUACACAUUCAUUGAUAAAGAGGUAGCACUGAAUUCCAGUGAGUUGCUAUAUGGUGCUACACAUUCAUUGAUAUAGAGGUAGCACUGAAUUUCGGUGAGGUUCUAUAUAGUAUAGUGCUACACAUUCAUUGAUAUAGAGGUAACACUGAAUUUUAAGUGAGUUGCUAUAUAGUGCUACUCAUUCAUUGAUAUAGAGGUAGCACUGAAUUUUGGUGAGUUGCUAUAUAGUUUAGUGCUACACAUUCAUUUAUAUAGAGGUAACACUGACUUUUAAGUGAGUUUCUAUAUAGCGCUACUCAUUCAUUGAUUAAGAGGUAGCACUAAAUUUCAGUGAGUUGCUAUAUAGUACUACACAUUCAUUGAUAUACAGGUAAAGUUGAAUAGAGCUGGGAAUUUUAUUCCAGCCUAAUUUAACUCGUGGAAUUAUUCCAGGCCAAACACUUUUACUAAAAAUUUCUAGUUUACUCAGAAAUAUUAUGUUGCUAUUUUAAGCAAUGAUAUUAUUACAUCCAAACUUGUAUUAGUCACAGUAGCGUGAAUUUUUCUCAUAAAGUUUUGACUGUGAUUGUUGAGUGGGGCACACAAAGAAUUAAAUGACAUAGAAUAAAUAAGGAAAAAGUGUUUGUGUUUUGGAGCGUCACUUCAGGUAUGAAAAGAAAGGGGUUGGCUUCCCAUUUGUUUGUUGCUGGCAUCCUUCCGUCACAGUGUGACGAUGGUGUGGACUUUGCAGGAGGAAAUCCACAAGGCCUGGGAUCAUUCUUAUAGGAUUAGAAGCUGGUUCCCAGCAGCUAAAUGGCCUCUCUCCACGCCGCUGGAUAACCCAAGGAAGAUCAUGUGGAUGAUACAGCUUGGCACCAGUGGCGUCACAGGAGUUGUCGGAAUGUUUCAUUGUGUCAAUGUUAUUCGCCUACGGUGCUCCAUCUCUGGGUUUGAAUUAAGAGUUUCCUUCUCUUAGAUGAGUUGCCGUCCAAGGUUAACGGGUCCCAUUCAGCCAGGGUGCUGGUGGUGUUUUUGCUUGACUGGGCAUUGUUGGGGAUUGAACUCUAGACCAUCAACUUGAGAUUUGCUCAGUUUAGACCACUCUGUGAGGCUUUUUAUUGUAGGAAAUAUUCACUAAUGCCAGUGUAUUCUUAAACCGUUGUUGAAACUUUUUUUUUUAUUUACCAUCAUUUCAGGUGUGUGCUAAAUCUAUUCUUUUUAAUAUCAGAUCAUUGAUGUCAAGAACAACAGAGUCCAGCUGUACAAGUACAUGUACCCGCCUGACAUUGAACACAACACCCUGGCUGUGAUUGGCUGCUUUCAGCCCCUGGGGGCCAUCAUGCCCAUCUCUGAGAUGCAGUGCCGCCUAGCCACACGUGUCAUCAAAGUAGGUCAUUGUAGUUUUUUUUCUUGGAAACAUUCGGUCAAGACAUCUUCCCAGGUAACAAUGAUGAAAACAUUUAGAUUCCAUGGGAAGUACAUAGUGGCAUGUUUUUUUUUGAAAACUUUCGUAAAAUAAUGUUACAUUUGAUAGAAAAUUUGUUGUGAAAAUCAUAACCACCAAUGUCCUAAUGAUAAAAAUAAUAUUUACGACACUGAUGGGGAAAUUGUGACAGAAGGAUAUUGUUAUGGCAUAUAUGUAGGGCUAAUUUUAGCCAUGAUCACUUUUCUCCCAGUUUUUUGUUUUGAUAUUGACUUAACCCAUUAAUUUUGUGUCACUCCUUUUUUUACCCGCACCUCCCAUGAUUGGGAAAAGGUUGUUUACAUUUGAAUAUGUUCUAUUUGUUCUAAAGUGUUCUAUUUGUUCUAAAGAAUGCCAGCAGGUGACUCUAUUUCUAGAUUUUCUUAACUAGAUGUUUCUGAUUUAAUGCCUAUAUAUAGCCCAGUGGCUUUCCUAGCCAGCAAUGACAUUUUUGCUAUAUAAUCUCAAGUCAGAUCUAGUCUCAGGAACUUUGUCUGAACAAUGUUACCCUUGGACAGCAUCUCGUUACGUUUAGGAAAUGAAUUAGGUGGUGGAAAUCUAAUAGCUUAUCCCAUCCUCACUCUAAAUGAAUCUCAAGAGGAAGAUCCAGAGUUAUACCCAGCCAGGAUCAUGAGUUCAAACAUCUCAGAAAAAGGGAUUUCACUUUUUUCGCAUGUCUCAGUGAAGAGUCAAAUAACCCAAGACACCAACUUGACCUAUUCAUGCAGCUUAUCGAGGAGCAUAAGAGUGAUCAAGAAAUUGCUAAACUUUGAGAGAACAUUUUGAUCCAAGAAGAAGUUGAACGUGUUCCUGUAUGCUACUACUCACGAGAUGAAAUACUUGUGAGAAUAUUUUGACUUCCAGAUGCGGCAGCUGAUGAAGAAUGGAAGGUUUUUCAGCAUAUAGUAGUUCCUACCCCUUCCUUGAACAACAUACUGAACUCAGCUCAUGACUCACCACUUUCAGGUUAUUUGGGAGUAAACAAGAAUUAUCACACAAAAAACAUUGCACUAUUUUGGCCCAAAUCAAAUAAGGAUGUAGUUGAUUACUGCAGAUUCUGUCAUGCUUGUCAAGUGGUAGGAAUCAACAUGUGACUGCCACCAGAGAAGCAGUUCAAGAAUCACUUGGAUUCAGCUCCUUUGAACUGGUGUUUGGCCGUAUGGUUAGCAAACCCCCUUAAACUUUUGAAAGAUACAUGGAUGUCACUGACACCUACCAAAAAAGUUUAUGAUUAUGUAUAUCAGAAGUACUACCCAACUUAAAUGAAAAACAAUGACAUAAAUCAUUAAUAAUAAUAAAGCUUAUUUGAAAAUCACGCUUGAUCCCCAAGGCUCAAAGCGCUGUAAAAAGUCAUCCAUAUUAAAAAAAGACAUGAAAAAAUCUAUAUUUUACCACAUUGAAAUACAAAACGCAACAUUACAAAAACUACAUACAAGAAUACCCAUUCUAAGUCUUUCAUCCCUUGCAACCAUAAACAAAACAGGCAACUAUACAUCUAGGAGAUAAUAGCUAGCUGGAAAAGAUGGUUGACAAAUUCACCCCAAAAGGUGUUUAUGAAAUAGAUAUGUUUUCAAAUCGGUUUUGAAAGACUCCAGCGUUUGGCUGUUUCUGAGAGCCACAGAAAGUGUGUUCCAAAUUGUUGGGCCAGCAAAUGCAAACGUGCACCUUCCAUAAGUCUCAAGGCGAACACGUGGUAUCGACAGUUUGCUACUAUCGGAUAAUCGGAGUUGUCUAGUGGGUACAUAAGGCGUCAUGAGUGCUUUGAGAUAGGAUGGCACCAGGUCAUGCAAGCAGUGCUAGCACAGAGUUGCAAUUUUGUACUCAAGCGACUGCGAACCGGCAGCCAAUGCAACUCUCUCAGAAGUGUUUUAGCAUGGUCAAAUUUGCGUUUGCGAAAAACAAUGCGAGCCUCAUUAUUCUGUACUUUUUAAAUUUUAUCCAGGAACGUAUCUGGAAGACCCACCAUGAGAGCAUUGCAGUAGUUCAUUCGUUAUGGCACGAAGGCAGACAUCAGCCUCUUUGUUGCGUCAAAUGUUAAGAAAGGUCUGAUAUGACUAAUUCUUCGCAGCUCUAGAAAAAUCACCUUGCAAAUCAUGCUAAUGUGAUUUUCCAUAGAUAGGGUUCUGUCCAAGUAGACACCCAUGUUUCGCACUGUUUGAGUAAAUUCAAUCUGUAUACCUGAGAAAGAAAGGGGUGGUGUGUUAUUUACAGAUUUUAGCUUUUGAGCGGUAACAAUGGGGAUCAGCUCGGUAUUUUCUUCUUUCAAUUUGAGUUUGUUUAUGUUCAUCCAGUGCUUAACUGACAACACUGUCUUCUGUGUCAUACUAAAAAUCUGAGGGAACUGAGAGGGUUUCACAGAUUGCUUAAGUUGGGUAUCAUCCUCGAACAUGUGAUAGAGCAUAUCAAACUGCUUGAUCACUGCACCCAAGGGCUGAACGUACAUAGUGAAAAGCACCGAACCUAGGACCGAGCCCUGAGGUACUUCGAAUUCAAUAAUAGAUUGCUUCAAGGUCAAGCUGUUUGCGAUAACCGAUUCCACCCGAUUUGUCAAAUAUGAGCGGAACCAACACAGGACGGUAUCGGUGAAACCGAAAGUUUUUUGCAGAUGUUGUAGAAGUAUGCCAUGGUCAAGCGCAUCGAAUGCUGCCGAUAGAUCAAGUAACAACAAAAGGGAUACCCUGCCCUCACCACAAGAGGACAGAAGGUCAUUUACUACAAGCAACACGGCUGCCUCAGUAUAAAAUAUAUUGUUAAAUCUGUCAAUACAGAUUUUGUUUUACUUUUUCUUGACGUACAUUGAAAUUAUGUAGCUGCUUAUUUUGUAAGUUGUUGAGCAAUUUUUGUGAACUAUUUUGUAUGAAAUAAAUGUACUUACUUUUAUUUUGGUAAAAGUUCUUUAUUGGAAAAAGAAAUCCAUUUUGAAAAAUGUAAAUUCUUUUUUAAAGAGGGAAAGUGUUAUGGCAUAUUAUGUGUAGGGCUAAUUUUAGCCACCAACACUUGUGUCCUCUUACAGUCAAAUUUUAAAACAGAUUAAAUUUUCAAAACCAUAUAAUGUACAUAACUAUUCCCACAGGGUGACACUGUCUUACCCCCAAGAGGCAUCAUGUGGCAGGAUAUACGAGAGAAAGAAGCCGCCAUGGCCCAGAGAUAUGUGAAAUCACAGCGUCACACCAUUCAAGUUGAUUACAUUCCUUUCAUGGAUGAACUCGCCAAGUUGGUCGGAUGCAAUGUAAACUACUGUAAGUGCUUGAGUCCUGUAUUGGGUUAAUCUCUAAUGUCAAAGAUUUUUUUAAGUGUUUGACCCCCAAACUUGAUCAGUGUCCAGUGCCAACUACAGUAAGUGCUUGAUUACUAGACUUGACAGUAUUGACUACUGUGUAAGUGCUAGACCCCUGUAUUGAGUCAGUGUCCAGUGCCAACCACAGUAAGUGCUUGAUCACUGGACAGGGUCACUGCCCACCCUUUGUUUAUUCAUGUGAUUAUUUCAGUUCUCACUUGUUUUCUCCUGUGCUUCAAAUUUCUCUUAACCUUACUAAAAACUGUUGCAACAAAUGUAACAAAUUGUUCUGUAAACCAACUGUCAUGUAAACAAACUGUCAUGUAAAUCUGUCUUGUAAAAGCUGUCAUUAUUUUAUUACCAUGACCAGGAUACAUUUUGUCAAUGGGAUGUAAAACUAAUUUGAAGAACUUUAUUUCAGGCGAGCUAAUAAAAGACCCAGUUUUGGCACUCCACGCAUUGUUUGGGACAGUAACUCCAUAUGUUUACAGGCUUUGUGGGCCUGGGAAGUGGUCAGGGGCACGUGACGCCUUUUUGACCCAAUGGGACCGUACAGUUGCCCCUCUAAAAACAAGACCUUUGCCGUGUCGUGACAGAGCGAGUUGGAAGGAUAGCUACCUCUUCAAUCUAGGAGUUGUUUUAAUUUUGUUUUUUAUGAUAAGAUUUUUGUUUACCCUGUUAUGAAAUUGAUUUCCAAAUUUUUACCAAGACAUUGGGGUGCUUAAAUUGUAGGUUACACUUUCAACAAGUAUAAGUGGCUAAAAUGUUUUGAUAAAUUUCAUAUCCAUGUAAUAUAAAUGGCAGCAGAAUAAUAUUAAAUGUGAUUUAUUUUAAAAAAUUACUGUUAAUGUAACAUUUGUGAUUGUAAUUUAUGAUUUAUUCAUUCUUGGAAAUUGUAUAAUAAUCUACGAAUUUCUUUAAAAAAAUUUUUUUAAAUUGUUUACCUUAAUAGCUUGACAUAGUGUGAACAGAUAAUAUCAUUCAGUUCAAUGAAUAACAUUAUAUUUGUAUAAAACACUUGUUCAUUUUGUGAAUCACUUCACUGGCACUUGUAAUUUUAUAUCUGACUCGUACUGCUGCCCAUCAUAAAGACAGAGAUUAAAAUCAGUAGAAUAUUUCAGAUUUUGGCUGACCAACAGUCAUCAUUCUCUACAAAAUUACAAUCCAACUCUGGCAAUUAUCAGUAAAAAAUGUUCAUGGAUUUUUUCAUAAAACGAAUAUUUAAGAUAAAGGCUCAUCAACACUCAUACUUCUCUAGGAACUAAGUGAGUUUAAUAUUUAAAAAAUACACUUCCUUAAUGUAAUGGAAAAAGUGUGUAAUUACAGGUGGUUAGGGUAAAUCUAAGUAUUUUAUUGAGAUAAACAAUUUGUGUUAAUAAAACAAUAUAUUUUUUAAAAAAAUAUUUGAGGGCUCACAAUCAAUUUAUUGAAUAUUCUGGCCCCUAGUUUGAACUCAGAGUUUGCCUUCUCUUAGAUGAGAUGCCAUCUAAGACUAACGAGUCCCAUCCACCCGAGGUGCUCGGGAUGUUUUCUCUUGUCUAGGCUUUGGUGGGGAUUGAACUCCAGACCACCUGCUAUUUGGAUUAAAUUAGUGUAGACCACUCUGUUAAGCUUUAGUCAUGGUUGCACAUUAUACAAACUCAAACAUUGCUGCACAUGCCUUCAUCAGUACAACAAAAACAUUAAAAUAAUUGUAAAUUGAUUGAAUUCACAUAAUAUAUAUAUACAUAUAUACACAUAUAUAUAUACAUAACCUACUUAUAUAAUUAUACUUAAAAAAUAAGAAUGGGGAACAAGUCCUCAAUGAAAACAAAGAUCAGAAGAAUGGGAAAAGUGUGUAAUGAAGAUUGAACUGCCUGAAAAUAAAACUCUGUUUUCAAUGUUGUCUCUCUUGCAGUCAAUCAACUUAUAAAUGUGCCAUAAAAGUGUUGGAUAACCUUUUCUUUAAAGGGGACGCUACUGUAUAUUCAGAAAAUGCAAUGCCUUUCAGCGUUAAUUCCAGACAGAAUCACAGUUGGAAUUAUGCUAUUUCAAUGAUUAGGCCCCUGAAACUUAAUGUCUCAAUAAUUUGUAUAACAUGAUUAUGAUAAAUUUAAAAUUAUGUACUGCUGAUACUGGUUAGUUUUUUUAAUUAUUAACUUAAUCCAUUGCUCAGUGUUAUUAAUUAAUUUGGAAAUACCUUUUUUAAUGUAAAUUUACAUUACAUUUUUAAUAUUUAAAAAAAAAUUUCAUACCUGUAUUUUUUAUUUUUUUAAAGUGCUAUAAAUUUUAUAAAUUAUAUUUACAUUAAUUUGAAAAUUAUCCCAAUAUUUAAAUGACAUGCAACUACUUUGAUGCAUGAUUUCUAUUUAUACUCUUGUUUGCUAAUCAGACUUUGCUAAAAUACUUCAUACAAAAUGUUAAUAUAAUAUAACAUUUCAGCAAAUUGUUCUUUGUUGUUAUUGAAUGUGAUACCAAGAUUUGUGUAUUCUUUGUGGAGCACUUUUCAUAGUUGUUUUUUUUAAACCAUAAUAUUCUUAAUUCUAUCAGCUAAGUUUUCAAAUGUUUGUGUAUUUAAUGUAAACUGCUCAGUGUGUUUGUCGAGAGACCACCACUGACAUUUUUUUUUAAAGAUAUAAAGAAAAAUUUUUAAACACUUUUAUCUCUAUGAGUGAUUGUAUUGUUGAGAUGGAAUUUAAAUGAGAUGAGUAAAGUUGUAUGAAAACAAUAUUAAAAAUACCUCUGAGAAAAGAA